GACCUGCUAUGGCCACCACUGCUUCCGGGUUUCUGCAGUCUGGUCCAGAUCCUCCGCUCCUCCUCAGCUCAGCACACACAUCCCCAUUGUACACAACCGGAGCCGGGCGCAGGGUGUUGGGGAGGGGGGGGUGCAUGCUGGAAAGCGACCCACACACACACACAUACACAUUUACACACACACACACACACACUUGGCCAUGCAUGCACAAACACGCACGGCAUCGAUCGUGGCUCCUUUAAGAGAAGCCUAAGCCAGAAUCAUCACCCCACCUCCUCUUGAUCUCCUCCAGACGCUUCUGCAUAAGAAAAUCAAGCCGAGAGCCGAGAGUGAUCAAAGGGAGUGAGAGGAGAGAGGCUGCUCGGUGUCCACCGUGAGAGAGCCCCGGUACAGUCCCCGGUACAGUCCCCGGUACAGUCCCCGGUACAGUCCCCGGUACCGUCGAGCCGGAGCUGGUCCAGUGGAGACGCGUCGGACGCAUCUUUCAUCCGAAGAAGGAGGAGAAGGAGGAGAAGGAGGAGAAGGAGGAGAAGGAGAAGCCCGGCGCAGAGGACCUAUUCACCGCGCCGGAGCUGUCUGGAGAACCACGGAGACACAACCGGGACUCUGGAGCAGAACCGUCCUCCCCCUCCUCGUUUAUUUGGAUUUUCUUUCUUCACUUCGUCUCCACUCUGGCCUCAGAGGGGAUUAAUCUCAUCUGAACGGACGACCAGGGAGUGAGGAGGGUUAUUAUGGCGCAACGGUACGAGGACCUGCCCCACUACGGGAUGGACGGGGUGGGCAUCCCGACCACCAUGUACGGAGACCCGCACGGAGCUCGCUCCAUGCAGGCGGUGCACCUCAACCACGGGCCCCAGCUGCACUCCCACCAGUACCCCCACACCGCCCACACCAACACCAUGCCUCCCAGUAUGGGCUCCUCCGUCAACGACGCUCUCAAGAGGGACAAGGACGCAAUAUACGGGCACCCCCUGUUCCCUCUGCUUGCACUGAUUUUUGAGAAAUGUGAAUUAGCGACCUGCACCCCCAGAGAGCCCGGGGUGGCCGGAGGAGACGUCUGCUCGUCGGAGUCCUUCAACGAGGACAUAGCCGUGUUUGCAAAGCAGAUUCGUGCAGAAAAACCUUUAUUUUCAUCGAAUCCAGAGUUGGAUAAUCUGAUGAUUCAAGCCAUUCAAGUUUUACGAUUUCAUCUUCUGGAGCUGGAGAAGGUCCACGAGCUGUGUGAUAAUUUCUGUCACCGGUACAUCAGCUGCUUGAAAGGCAAGAUGCCCAUCGACCUGGUGAUAGACGACCGAGAGGGCGGCUCCAAGUCCGACAGCGAGGAGAUCACGAGGUCAUCGGUGGCCCUUGAUCAGACGUCCUGGAACAGAGAUCACGAUGACACGGCGUCCACGCGCUCCGGAGGAACGCCGGGACCGUCCAGCGGCGGACACACAUCACACAGCGGAGACAACAGCAGCGAACAGGGUGACGGCCUGGACAACAGCGUGGCUUCGCCGAGCACGGGGGACGACGACGACCCGGACAAGGAGAAGAAACGCAACAAGAAGAGAGGGAUCUUCCCUAAGGUGGCCACCAACAUUAUGAGAGCAUGGCUCUUUCAGCACCUAACACAUCCCUACCCGUCAGAAGAACAGAAGAAACAGCUGGCACAAGACACCGGCCUCACCAUCCUACAAGUGAACAACUGGUUCAUAAACGCCAGGAGGAGAAUAGUCCAGCCCAUGAUUGACCAGUCGAACCGUGCAGUAAGUCAAGGAGCUCCCUACAAUCCAGAUGGCCAGCCGAUGGGCUUCGUCAUGGACGGCCAGCAGCACAUGGGAAUCAGACCACCUGGAGCAAUGGGUGGAAUGGGCAUGAACAUGGGCAUGGAAGGUCAGUGGCACUACAUGUAGCCCCGCCCGAGUCCCACCAAUCGCAACACAACGGGGGAUAACUGCAGGACAAACCAGGGGAUCCAGAGUCUCACCGAGGCCUAACGGAGCACAGGGAACAGGACUCCUUGACUUCCUGACGACGACGACGACGACGACCACCACCCACAGCGACCCCUCUGUCCUCUGUCCACCUCCCAACACCCAACAACAAUUUAUUCGGCUGAUAUGUGCAACGUGGAAACUUUCCUCCAAUCCUUGUCUUUGUAUCCAGCGACGACGAUGCACAGAAGAUGAAACUAUGUCCAACCCAGAUGACCCCCCCCCCCAUCCUCGACAGACCCCUGCUUCUUCUCUGGUGGGCUCCAGACUUACGCCCCCUCUUUUGGCCCGCUAGGCUCCCAUGGAUUCCUCCAUUAACAAGUGAUUGUGAUUGCGAUUAUGAGGCACGGAUGACACACGAGAGACGCACUGUGUCCUCUGCCGGUACUCUCGGCGUACGCAGCACCUGGUGAAAUAUCCAAGACUCUUUGGCAAAACAAAAGAGACUUCCUGUGAAGAGCACUCCACUCUUUGGGAUGACGGAAUUGGACCAAGGAGAAGCCAAUGUCUGUAUCUGACAGGACACUAACAAAGCAACAGAGGUGCCCUUUAAAAAAAACAUAUAGUGGAUUGAAACAUGGAAGGAGGGAAAGCAAGAGAAAAGAAAUAAAAAGUAUAACUAUAUCAACCCCUAGUGUGGGAAGUGAGUGGAGAAAGAAAAUAUACUGUAUACUGUUGUAAAAUUACGCUGGACUCUCACAAGAACUGGGAAUUUAAGUAUUGUAAAUGCUAUUGUAUUGUUCUGCAUAUUAUGUUGUUUCUAAUAGAUUUUUUAAAAAAAGGAUGUGAACUUUUUUCUCUUUUUUUCUGAUUUCUUUCCACACUAUGUGUGUGUGCCGUCUCUCCAUCAAAUUUGACCUCCUGACCCCUCCCUCCAUUGAAAUCACAAUGCAUUUUUAAAAAGAAGGUUUAAAAAAAAAAGAAGUGAAUAAACGGACAAUUCGAUGAGUUUGUCAUUUCUCGCAGGCCUUUAUUUGGAUGGUGAGAGAGUGAUUCAGCUCCUUCACGUGUGUCUACGCUUUGUAACUCCAACUUUGGUGAUUUUUCUUAUAUUUUCAUAUCAGUUGAUUAGAAGUUUUUAUUGGAAUAGAAACAUUCUCUGACAAUUUGGGGUCAUGAAACUCUCCCAUAACUCAUUGGAUUAACUCCCAAACACCAAGACUUCAAGCUAAACACAGAAUCAGAGGAAGCUAACAUUUUGGAUGUACGAGGUUUUUCUAAUCUGAUUGUCCAAUUUAUCAUUCUGUGCUCGGUUCACACGAGGAGCGACGCAUAAUGUAGAUCUGAACAUGGCUGACAUCAUGACAGGCUGACAAAACAUGACAUAGAGCUUUGGCUAAUGCUCACAAACAAGCUAAAAAAAGGCCACAGCGGAUGGGAAACUACAAGUGUUCGUCCCACAAACAUGUUGUUUCCUGUUUCUCCCCAUGUGUGUCCAUGAUUGAGGGCCUCUGAGCGUCUAUUCCAGGGUCCUAUUGAUGUGUUUUAUGUCACAAGGCCGUGCGCCCGCAUGGCCGAUGGAUUCUCUUCCCCUCGGUGUUUGAUGCGGCCUGAUAACAGGCAGAGACAGAGUCUAUGGGAAAACACCAUUUAUACCACAGUCCAUUCAUAUUGAUUCAACCGGAUGAUGUAACGCUGAUCAACAGACAGGAGAGAAUGUAAAAGUCACUGUGUGUGUGUGUGUGUGUGUGUGUGUGUGUGUGUGUGUGUGUGUGUGUGUGUGUGUGUGUGUGUGUGUGUGUGUGUGUGUGUGUGUGUGUGUGUGUGUGUGUGUGUGUGUGUGUGUGUGUGUGUGUGUGUGUGUGUGUGUGUGUGUGUGUGUUCUAAAUGCAUCCAUUAUCCUUUGCUUCAAACAUGUAUUACGCACAUCUUUAAGAUUCCUUUGAAGACAAGUCAUGUUUCUUAUGCUUUUACUUUGAAGGGUAUAUAUGUACAUCUGUGUUGUAAAUAAAUAAUUUUUG